AUGUGGUCGGUCCAGUUCCUGCGAUUCGCUUGUGCAGUGGACUACCAACGUCUUCGAAAUCGAACGUCUCGUCUGUCGUCGGGUCGCACGGGCGACGCGUUGACGCUAUUGUCAAUCAACAACCGUCCACCAGACGAUGUGGCCCGACUCUGCACGCAAACGCCUCCGCCGACGCACUUUCACGUCACUUUCCAAGUCGAGAGCUCCAAAGGCCUCUGGAGAUACUGUGGUCGUCUUCCAGGAACUCGUUUCGACUCGCACGCGCGCGCGCCUCUGCUGACCGCACGUUGGAUGGGCACUGGGGCGAAGAACCGGUCCCAGAAGCCCGUGGCUGCGGCAGCUGCAGCUUCGACGGUCGACGGACCGCUGGGUGGCACUGACGGCUGUUGCACUGAGAGCAACACGCCGCGCAUGGUGGACAUGGAGUGGGAUUCGUACGUGCACUGCAAGCCGCGCGGCGUUGGACUGCAGCCAAUGGUGCGAGUGCGGCGGAACGACCGGACGCCACUGAACACGCCGUACACGCCACAGCUCAUGAAGCUCCACUUGAAGCGACACGAGGCGUACGAUGAACGCGACGGGUGCAGUGACAGGCCGGGCAAGCAACUCGUGACGACGGUCAAGUCCAAGCUCAAGCUCGUGCUGCAGCCAGUGUAUACGAUCCAUGCGCUGGUGCACCGUGUCGUGAACAUUGUCGUGCCGAGGUUCAUCUUACAAACUGCACUGAUUGCCAAGAUGCGGCCAUGGAUUGUCUGGUACUUCACGGCGGUCAUUUGUGUACCGUUUGUCAUGAUGUUGUGCCCCCUGCUGAUUGCGGUCAGCGUGUGUACGUCACCAAUUUGGCUUGCUGGAAUCGCAGUGCUGCUCGCUCGCUUGUUGAUACGGAAACAUCGCCCUGUCGAAGAUCGAUCGGGCCACGAGUCGGAGGAAGAGGAGCGCGAACAAGGCGGAGCGAGUCCGCAUCACCCGAAUUCCGUGUAUCGGCGUGCGCAUCUGACGAACAAUUGUAACCAGCGAGGGUACGGUUAA